AUGGCGGAGGUUCGCAAAAGAGCUGUACAGACUGAGACAGAGGUUGUCCAAGACAGCACUCCGAGUCUGAAAUCGCUCAAAGAUGCCAUUCCCAAAGAAUGCUUCGAGUCCUCGCUCGUCAUCUCCCUCCUCUACCUCGCCCGUGAUAUUCUUUACUGCGCCAUCCUGACCUACGGCGCCUUCCAUAUCCAUGUCCUCCCCUCGUUACCGCUCCGCGCCCUCGCCUGGGCCACAUACGGCUUCUUCCAGGGCUGCGUGGGAACAGGGAUGUGGAUUCUGGCCCACGAAUGCGGCCACGGGGCGUUCUCUCCCUACCAGGGAAUCAACGACUUCAUUGGCUGGGCCACCCACUCCUUCCUGCUCGUCCCUUACUUCUCCUGGAAGAUCACCCACGCCCGUCACCACCGGUACACCGGCCACAUGGAGAAGGACACCGUCUUCGUGCCGUGGACGGACGAGCAGCUCGCGCAGAAGAAGAACGUGCGCAUCGAGCAGCUCAAGCAUCUCACUGAGGAGACCCCCAUCGUCUCAUUCCUGCAGCUCAUCGGCCACCAGCUCGGCGGGUGGCAGCUGUACCUGUUGACCAACGCCACGGCCGGCGUGCAGAGCUGGCCCGAGGGCAAGCCCAAGACCGGCCCGGCGAGCCACUUCAACCCCGUCGGCGCGCUGUGGAGCCCCUCGCAGCGUCUCUCCAUCGCCAUCUCCGAUCUGGGUCUGCUGAUCAUGGGCGCUGUGCUGUACUACGCCAGUACCCAGAUCGGGGCGUGGAACGUCGUCCUGCUAUACUUUGUCCCUUACCUUCGCCAUCACAUACCUCCAACACACCCACCCCUCCGUCCCGCACUACACCCCGAAGCCUGGACCUACACCAAGGGCGCCCUCGCCACCGUUGACCGCACGAUGGGCUUCAUCGGCCGCCAUUUCUUCCACGAGAUCAUCGACUACCACGUCGUGCACCACCUCUUCAGCCGGAUCCCCUUCUACAAGGCCGAGCAGGCCACCUGGGCCAUCCAGCCCCUGCUGGGAGCGCAGUACCACGAGGAGAAGGAGCAGAGUUUCCUUGGUUCCUUGGUUACGACCUUCCGGAAGUGCAUCUAUGUUUCGGCUAAGGGACAUGCGUCGCAGCCGGGUGUGCUGCACUUUGUUAAGGCUGAUGAGGGGAAUUAA